AUGGAGGGCAACCCCGCGGAGCACGAUGAGAUUGUAUCUCAAUUCUGUGCUAUGACUGGAACCCAGCCUUCUGAGGCCCAGGAAUACCUCGUUGCCAAUGGAUUCGACAUCGAAGCUGCCGUGACGGAAUUCUUUACGGAGCAAGACGAGGCCAUGCAGGACACACACGCUGGCGGAGAGGGACAGGCGGGAUCAGAAAGCGCUGCUGGAGCUUCAUCUGGAGGUCGAACUCUGGGAGGCGCUGCCGUACCUGCUUCAUCUGCGGCACCUGAAGCUUCGUCAUCUGCUCGAGGAGCUGCGCCUCGAAAGCGAUUUGCGACUCUCGGGGACUUCUCGCAGGGUGCUGCCGGAGGUGGCGAAUCCUCUGAUGGCGAUGAUAGCGACGAUCACGAUUUCUUUGCUGGUGGUGAGAAAUCUGGACUGGCUGUGCAGAACCCAGACGACCUCAAGAAGAAGAUCCUCGAAAAGGCCCGCAGGGCGCAACCUCCUCCCUCUGAUGACCCUGAGCCAAGGCAAUCACAUUUCACUGGUACGGCCCGUACCCUUGGCGGCGACGAGGCUCCCAGCCGUGUGAUCGAGAACCCCUCCGCCCCUAGUCCGCAGCGCGCCCAGCGCGUGCAAAGAAUCCUUCACUUCUGGGCAGAUGGAUUCUCAGUGGAUGAUGGUGAGUUGUUCCGAUCGGACGACCCCCGUAACGCCGAUAUCCUUGACGGCAUCCGCCAGGGCCGGGCCCCUCUUUCGAUUAUGAACGUCCAGCCCGGCCAAGAGGUCGACGUGGAACUCAAGCAGCAUGAGGAAAAGUACACCAAGCCCAAGCUCAAGUACAAGCCAUUCUCUGGAUCCGGACAACGUCUCGGUAGCCCGACACCUGGCGUGAGAAGCGAGGCCCCCACGCCUUCCGCCGCCCCUGCACCAUCUACCCAAGAGGCAGCUCAGCCCACAGUAGACGAGUCGCAGCCCACAGUCACUCUGCAAGUUCGUCUCGGAGAUGGCACGCGAUUGACCUCUCGGUUCAACACUACAGCCACCAUUGGUGAUGUCUACUCUUUCGUUUCCGCUGCUUCUGCGGAGGGCGCAACCCGCCCAUGGGUUCUUAUGACCACUUUCCCCAGCAAAGAACUCACGGAUAAGGCCCUUGUUCUCGGCGACAUUUCUGAGUUCAAGCGAGGAGGUGUUGUGGUUCAGAAAUGGCAGUGA